AUGAGCCAGAGCUCUGUUGGGCGCCCUGACUGCGUGCAUUGGGAACCUGGCAAGUGUGACGGCAGAAGCAAGAUGCUGGCUGCCUUCUGCCACUGCCAGUGGGUGGUACCCCAAGGGCCUCACCUGCUACUCCGCCACUCCGGACCCUGCGAGCCGCUCCUGGCCGGCCCCGCCCACUUCCCGUCCCCCGCCGCCGCGGCCUCGCGCAGGCGCAGUCGGACGGCGGGCGGGCGGGGUCAGGCCUCUGCUGCCCCCUGGUGGCCUCGCGGCCCUUUCAUUACAAGUGGUGAAGAGCAGCGUCGCACCCAAAGGGUUGUGCGGCCACGCAGCGCCCCCCCCCCCCCCCCCAUCCUGGAUUCUGGAGCAAAAACGCUCACUAGCGAAUUGUUUCACUUCUCGAGCCUUGGGUUGCUGGGUAGACGGGGGAAAGCAACACCUACGUCACAGCGCCCAGACAUUAAGCAGCACGUGUUGUCGGCGGCUGGCACCGGACUAAGCGCUGGCCGAUCAUCACCUCCCCGAACCGCCAAUGCAAGCUCCGGGGCGGGAAAGAGGCGGCGAGAAUGCAAGGAGGUCCUCUCCCAAGCCCCGGGCUUGGGACCCCUGGGCGCCCGGCCAGCAUUCGGGAAACGUGCCCCCAAAAGGCCGGCGCUUCCCGCUUCCCCGCGCCGCCCACCGCUCACCCGCCGCGGCUUCCGCCUCAGCUCCCGCUUCAGCUUUCGCUCGGGGGGGAGGGGGGGGGCGGGGAACUCGGCUCGGCAACUUUUACUUCCGGGUCCGGCCGCUGCUGGCGUACCUUCGUCUGAAUCCCGGUGCGCGCACGUCGGCGUCCGAGAGUUCCGUGGCUCCCACGUUCCGGGAGCAUGGUCUCCAGCCAGCCCUUGCUCGCCGCGGUCGGUUGGGGUCCCCAAACCCUCCGACCCAGAUCCCUCCUCGCAGCGGUCCUUGGGGGGGGUAUCCCCAAGCCUCCAUCCUGACCCCUCCCGGAGGCCUCCCCAAAUCCUCCACCUUAUUCUUCUCCGCUAUUGCGAUGCAAAAAUGACAGUUGUUAUAAUGAUUAUGAAAACCGGAUAAGCAUGAAAAUAUAUAUGCUGUUGAUAAUUAAAAUAAUUAAAACUGCA